AAGCUUAUCCGUCUUCCCCUGCCGACUGCCGUGCACGAGCAUGAUUGCCUCCGCGCCUAAGCAAACCACGUCCCAACCCUUCCAGGCCAAGAAAACGCGCCGAUUUAUGCCGGCCCUCCCGCGCCCAGCAAGAUGCCGCCGCACCCCAAGAACGCCGCAGUUGGUAGUUGGUACAUGGCGCACGCUGGUGACAUGGUGGCUUUCUACGACGCCUGGGUGGGCCGCGAGGAGGAGAUGGUGUCCGACCUCACGGCCGCGCUCGGGGCGCGCCGGCGCGACGCGCUGGCGCCGCUCGUGGACGCCGCCAUGGACCACGUGGCCACCUACUACGAGCACAAGGCGAGCCUCGCCGACCGCGACGUGGUGGCGGCGCUCGACCAGCGCUGGCUCAACCCGCUGGAGCGCACCUUCCUGUGGGCGUGGGGGUGGCGGCCCGCGCUGGUGUUCCGCUUCGUGGACGGCGGCGCCGUGGGCCCGCGCCAGCGCCGCGAGCUGGAGGACCUGCGCGCGGCCACGGCGGCGGCCGAGAAGGAGGUGGACCGGGAGGUGGCGGCCGUGCAGGAGUCGCUGGCGGGGCCGCGCGUGCUGGAGGCGCUGCGCCAGCGCCGGCAGCACCCGCGGAACGGCGUCCAGGCCGACGAGGCCGUGGCCGCUGUGGGGCGGUCGCUCCGCGUGCUGCUGGCCGCGGGCGACGCGCUCCGCGAGCGCACGGUGCGCGGCGUCGUCGGGGUGCUGGCCCCGGACGCGGAGCAGGCUGGCGCCUUCGUCGCGGCCAUGCUGAGGUUCCACCUCGGCGUCCACCGCGCCGGGCGCGCCUGGAGCUCCGGCCACGGCGGCGGCCGGCGGGGCCUCUAG